AUGAAGACCUUCUGCGCUAUCCUCCUCGCCGUCUCGGGUGCGUCCGCCUUUGCCCCUGCCCAAACUGGCACCAGUAGUUCCACCCGUUUGGCGGCUACCGAAGAAUUGGCUGGACUCCGAAGUGGUGCUGGCCCCGAAACCGCAGGACAGGUCUUCGACCCCGCUGGUUUGGCUGAAUGGGCUCCCGUUGACCACCUUCGCAAGGCUGAAUUGUCCAAUGGACGUUCCGCCAUGUUGGCCACCGUCGGAUGGCUCUGGCCCAAAUACGUUGGUACCUUCGAAUCGGACGAUGUGACCACACUUGACCCCAUCAAGGCCAUCAUGGAAGCCGAUCCCCAAUGGUGGGCACAAUGGAUUAUUUUCUGUGGUGCCAUCGAGGGCAUCAAGUACCGUGCUGAAGCCGAGGGCAAGUCCUUCACUGGUGACGGCCCAGCUGCUAUUGACUGGACUGGACAGUGGGGCAAAAUGUCCGCCGCAGAACAGGAAGACAUGGCAGUCAAGGAAUUGAAGAACGCACGUCUCGCUAUGAUCGGUAUGGGUGGAUUCAUCGCCAACUACUUCAUCCCAGGAAGUGUCCCAGGCAUGCCAGAAGGAUGGUAA